AUGGGUCGAAGUCGAGGAGCUAGAAGAAGAAAACACAGAACCCAUGUGGUUCCCAAGGAGGAAGAGAUCAACAAGAUCCCAAAGAGCUUUGUUAUGCGAUCAGGCCUCGUGGGCCAUUCUGUCAGCGCACUUGUUCGAGACGUUCGUCGUAUUAUGGAACCACAUACAGCUACUCAUUUGAAGGAACGCAAAACGAACCGCCUCAAAGAUUUUCUUGUGGUUGCCCCCCAACUUGGUGUCACCCAUUUCAUGAUCUUUACUCGUACUGAAGCCAACACCAACUUGCGUAUAUGUCGUGUGCCUCGUGGUCCAACGCUCACCUUCCGUGUGGAUGAAUACUCGCUCGCCAAAGAUUGUCGUGCACUGCAAAAAGCACCUAGAACAAGCGACUCCGAUUACCUUGCAUCGCCAUUGCUCGUACUCAACAACUUUAAGCAAGAAGGCAAGCAGUUCAAGUUGAUGGCUGCCAUGUUGCAAAACAUGUUCCCGGCAAUCGAUGUUCAGACCAUGAAAUUGUCACAAACACGUCGUGUGCUGUUAUUCAACUACAACGAAGAAACGGGCAAGAUUGAUAUGCGUCAUUACAGUAUUGGUGUGAAAGCCACUGGUGUAUCAAAGUCAAUCAAGCGGAUUGUUGAAAUGUCAUUGCCUGACAUGAGCAAAUACGAUGACAUCUCCGAUUAUGUGAUGAAGGAGGCAAUUAUCUCUGAGAGUGAUGUGGAAGAUGGACCAGAAUCAACAGUGACUUUGGCACAAAACAUGCAUGGCCGUAACAACCGAAAGAAUGAACAACGUGCUGUAAGAUUGCAGGAGAUUGGCCCACGGUUGACGUUGGAUUUGAUCAAGAUUGAAAAUGGCAUGUGUGGUGGAGAAGUUUUGUACCAUAAAUAUGUUCGUAAGACUGAGGAGCAAAUCAAGGAAAAUGAAGAGAAGCGUCAAAAGGCCAAGGAAGCUGCUGCUGAGCGGAGGAAACAACAAGAAGCCAACGUAGCAUUAAAAAAGGAACAAAAGGAGAAGGUGAAAUCCAAGGAUGGUGAAGAGGAUAACGAAUCCGAUGCUGAUGAUGGCGAUGUGUCGGAGGUGGGCGAUGAAGAAGAUGAUGAUGAAGAAGAAGAUGCCUCUGAAGCCGAACCAAUGUCUGAAGAUGAUGAAUAA